UUCUCCCAUCUCGGAAUGUGGACUUGCCAGACCAAGGUCUAGCAAUGCAAGACUACAUUUUUUUGUGACCUUGUUUCUGUGCUGUAAUGUGCUACCUUUCAUACAGUAGCAUUAUUUAUUAUCAUAUGUUAUCAUGUUGGUGUAUAUUUAUUGGAUAUGUGAGUGCUUAAUAUCUUUCAGGUGAAGCUAUUAGCUCAGAAGCUUUCAGCAGGCACCACAGCCCAGAUAACAGAAGUCCAGCCAAAGGAGAAAGAAAGGGAGGAUCCAAAACUACCACAUAAUGUACCAGACACCAGAAGUGCCACCACCCAAAUGAAUCCUGCAUCAGGAGAAGCCACAACUGAGGAUCCUAAAAUAGAUUCAUCCACUGGCACAAAGCUUGCAUUGAGCGUGAAAGAACUGGCCCGGAUGUUUUCAGCUACAACAAGUGAGGAAACAGCAGUCCGAGUAAAGGGGAAACACAGAGAGGAAAAACUGUCACAGGUGAAACUAUUUGCUCAGAAGCUUUCAGCUACCACAGCCCAGGAGACAGCAGUCCACCCAAAGGAAAAAGACAAGGAGGUCCAAAACCUAACACAGGUAAGGCCAGACAGAAAUGCAGCUGACACAGCUGUAAAGGACAAAAUCCAGACGAGAGAACAAAAGGUGGCUCAAGGAAGAUCAUCUGUAAGAGCCCGUAAAGGCAGCUCAGAAGCUGAGUGGCUGGAGAUCACCAGUGUCUUCUCAGAAGUGGUGAGAGUUGCAGAGGAUGCGAAGCAGAAGUCCCCUGACCUUUCAUUGUCUACUCUGAGAACUACAACAUCAACCAUGAUGAAAAAAAUUCAACAGAAUCUGGAGAAACUCUCCGCUAUUGAAAUUAAAUGGAUUUCUAAGUUUGCAGUGGAUGUAAAGCUGGAUCCAACCACCGCACACAGGUGCCUUGUUUCUGUUGAUGGGAAGAAAGUGAGUAGCGGAGGAGAGAACCAGGAUGCUCCAGGGAGCUUUGGCAGCGUCCUGGGCCUCAACAGGUUGACCUCUGGGAAUUCGUACUGGGAGGUUGUUGUCAGCAACAAGACGGGAUGGAAUCUGGGCGUGGCGAGAGGCGUGGCGAGAGGCGUGGCGAGAGGCGGUGCAAACCGCGAGGGGAAGCUCUCGCUGAAACCAGAUAACGGUUACUGGGUUACCGAACAUUAUGAAAACAAGUACACAGCCCUGGCAGCUACACCAGUUUGUCUUUCCCUGAAAGAGAAACCACAAAAGGUGGGAGUGUUUGUGGAUUACGAGGAAAGUCUCGUGUCCUUCUACGAUGUGACGGCUCAAUCUCACAUCUACUCCUUUACUGAGUGUUGGUUCACUGGAGAGAUCUACCCCUAUUUCAGUUUGCACCUUAAAGGAGACGGUCAAAGUGCUAACUCUCUGAUUAUCUCAACUGUAAAAGACUAGUAAUUAUGUAUGUUAUUAUAAGGUUGUGUGUGGACAUCCUUUUACUUUUUUUAUUGUCAAUGUUAGUGUUUUAUUUUAGGGUUGAUGUUAGCAUUUUCGUAAAAGCUUUGUUGACAGACACAAGAGACAGAUGAAAAGCCAAAAUCAAAGCAGCAGCGUACCAGAUAUCCUGUCUUAACCACGGAUGUAUUAGGACUGGAACCAGUGUUUGAGGCCGAGCUCUGUGCACUAGAGCCCUCCGCCGGCCGAGCUGGCAACUUCAGGUUUAGCGCUCCACUCACUUGAAUGGGGAUUAAAUGAUUUAACCGUGCAGCUCAAUCAAUUUGCUUUAAAGUCCAGCACCCUUUCUGGUGGCCUAGUCUUUACAAGCUCCAAAAGACUGGAUCCUACAUUUCCUAUAAUGCAACUGGCUAAGAAACAAAGAAAUUAGUCUAAGCUAGUUGAGUUCACAUUGUCUGCAAUUGUUUUCUACAUAUCUAUAUUAAAAAGAUAUUGUUUUUGUACGGAUAAGGGUUUUCUAUAUAAUCAGCAAUGUGUAUGUUACUGUUAGAAUAGAUAAGUAUUUUAGCUAAAUGCUAAACUAUUGUUGAGCUACAUUUCAAACAGGCAUUUGGCAUUAUCCCAUGUCUUGCUAAAGAUCAGUAUAAUGUUACAAAUGUGUUACUUGGUUAUUAUGAUGUUUACAAAUGUGUAUUAAUGUGCAUUUCAUGUAUGAGUGGUUGUGGGUAUUGAUUGUGCAUAUACAACUCAUUUUUGACAUCAUCAGUCUGAUCUCUAACCCCUCCACUCUCCUCUCUCGGUUGCUUGUUAUGAAGGUGGAGUGGGAAGUGAAGUCCUAUUAAACUAAGUACAUUUACUUAAGUACCAUAGUUACAGUAA